AUGAAGCGAACACUUCUAUUGUGUUUCAUUCAUGGGUUCAAGGGCGAUGGCGAGACUUUUUAUACUUUUCCUCAGUCCCUUCAGAAGAAUGUAGCAGACAAGCUACCGGAUGAUGAUGUUGAGCUUCUUAUGUAUCCUAAAUAUGAGACCAGAGGGGAUCUCUUGGAUAGCACUGAAAGAUUUCUCGAAUGGCUAAAAGGAAAGGUUAUGGAGGUUCGGAAAAAAAAAACCCAAGCUCCAUGGCCACCAAAUGAUAGAUCUGUGGGCGUCGUUUUGGUCGCGCAUUCUAUGGGAGGUUUUGUUGCAUCCGAUGCUCUCUUCUCGAUUCUUAAUGACCAUCACGAUCAAGAGGAUGAAGACUCUAAGCAUGUCAUAUUUCCACUUAUUCAAGGUCUUCUAGCUUUUGAUACACCUUACAAUGGCCUCGCUCGUUCUAUGUUUGUGUAUGGCGCAUUUUCUCAAUACCAGAAAGUCAGCAGCAUUUGGAAUAUAAUGUCAGCUGCUUCGGCCGGCCUUAUCAGUGCCAGAUCUUUAGGCACAAUAUCUGCGAGACAAGCAGCGAGACGAGCAGGAAGCUCUGUGGCAGCCACAACCAGAACUGCUAGUCCAGGAUGGAAGAUAUGGGAGGGAAUUGCUGUAAAGUCCGGCGUUGUGGGAGCCAUCGCGGCCGGAGGUGUGGCGGCAUACAGGAAUCGCGAGAUCAUCAUCUCGGGUGUUAAAAAUUUGAACAAGAGCUCUAUCAAAGAUGGAGCAGAACAAGGAUAUGAUGCACUGGGUCAGGGACUUGCAUACAUUAAUCGUGAUAGUGUUGGUCAGUCCUUCGCGUGGUUGUCAAGUCAUCUUAAAUUUGUGGGUGCAUUGAUGAGACAGAAAGAGAUGGUCCAAAGACUUGAGAGAUUAUCCAAGGUUGAAGGAGUUGGAGUUCGAAAUUUCUACACUUCUUUGGGAGAAAAUGGAUAUUGGACAGGAGGAUACUUUGUUCCGGAAAGGACUUUCUGCGCGAUACCUGCACCGGAACAGAGGUCUAACGAACUAUUCAUUCGAAAUGUCAAUGGUGCAGUCGAAGAUGAAGUCCAAGCUCAUAUGAGUAUGUUCAAACCAGAUACCAAUGAUGGUUACGAUAAAUUGUCGGAACAGGCAAGAGAUCUAGUCAUUGAAUGGUUUCAAAGCGACAACAAACUCGUGGAUAUGCCACCACCAGAUCCAUCGCCAGAAACAACACUAGCAAAAGAUACAACUGGUGUACAGACGGAAGAAGGUGAAAUCUUCACAGGUACUAAUUCUGAACCCAAUCUAGAUGUCGAUGAAGUCGAAGAAUCCCCUCUCGAUAUUGUCGCUGCAGCCGCUGAUAUUCCAUUACCCGAUAUUCAAGAAAAUGACCUCGACAAUAAGCAACGUGAAUCAUAUCUCCAAAGCCUCUACCGAAUAUCGCAAAAAGCAGGAUCUGAUGUAUCCGAAUACGCAUCUGCCGCAAGUUCCGGUCUCACCGGUGUAGCUUCAACGGGAUUGAAAGCCGGGGUAGCUAUUCCUAGCUAUGCUUCUAAGGGCGUUAGCUCAUUGUGGGGAUCACGAAAUCUUAAGAAAACGAAUGCUGUGAGUGGGAGUGGACUGGCGGAUGAGGAUGAACCGAGUGAAUCUGUGACUAUUGAUGCUGAUGAUGAUGUGAGAACGGAGGAUAAAAAGGGAUCGGUGUGGAAUUUUCGUUCGUUGUUUUCGUCGUCGAAGAAAAAGGAAGAGAAUGUUGAUGGUAAUGAUGAUAAUGAUGGCAGGGUGGAUGAGUCAAAAGUAGAUACUCACAGAACCAAGCUGGAAUAG